AUGUCGACCCAAACGACCAUCGAGACCCAACACAAGUUUGAUGUGACGAACGACAUCCCGAUUCCACGAGGCGAAGCGCAUUCCUCUCUCACCUUCUACAAGUCACCCGAAGAUGGCGCCACGCCAUUCAACUACGUGGAAACGGCUCCCGAGGGCAUGCCACAACGCAACUACGGAGAGCACACACGCGAGAUCACAAUCCAAGACAUCCGAGGGAGAGAACAUGAGUUCGACAUGAACGUGAACGGCUUCGGAACCGUGUCAGGAAUCGAGAGCAAAGAGAAGGACUUCACAGACGACGAAGCCAUCAAGGAGAACUACUACCCCGAGGUUGAGAAGUUGCUUUUGGAUAACGUACCUGGAUCGAACCGCGUCUUCAUCUUCGACCAUACUGUGCGAAGAAGCGACCCCAACGCCAAGCGUGCGCCAGUGAACAGAGCCCAUAUUGACCAGACGACCAAGUCAGCGAGAAUGCGGGUCGACUACCACAUGGGCGAUGAAGCAGAGAAGCUCAAGAACGAGCGAGUACGCCUCAUCAACGUCUGGAGACCUUUGAACGGACCUGUUGUUGCCUCUCCUCUUGCGUACGCCGACUCUCGAUCAGUACCCGAUGAGGACAUCGUUCCUGUGGAACAUCGCUACCCUCACAGGACUGGCGAGACCGCUGGUGUGAAGUACACCCCCAAGGGCAAUUGGUACUACUGGAGCGGCAUGAAGAACGAUGAGCGUAUCUUCCUCCAGUGCUACGAUAGCAAAGACGGUGCUAGGACUCCUCACUCUGCGUUCGUCGAUCCACGAACGAAGCCAGAAUGGCCAGGGCGUGAGAGCAUUGAAGUCAGAGCUUUGGUCUUCGGAUAG